CUCAAUUUGAAAAUCCUCCGCUAUCAUUAAACGUUUAAACGGUGACACAAGCCGUUCUAAGUCAAAGGAACUGCGAACCCCGAUAUCCUUCGCUGCGUAGCCAACGAUAACUGUUGAAUAAAGAUGCAACGCACCGGGCUUGGACUUCGUGAUCGUCUAAGGUCUCCCUACGCCUACACCAGAAACCAACGGUACAGCACGCAAAAACCCAAAUCACCUCAUGCACAAUGGUACUCGGAUGUACUGCCUUCUAUGGUUCCGAUUUUUCUCCUGGGUUCAGCUGUCUAUCUCGGCCUUCAAUUGGCCCAGACGCGCCUUUUUCACGAGAAAUACAUGAUUGAAGCGCGAGAACGAGUGGAAACUCUUGAAUCUCACAUAGCUGUCGCUCUCCAACGCAAUCGAGAAAGAGAACUGGAAUCAACUCCUUCAAAAUCCCCUUCGGAAAAAUCAAGCUGGCGAUUCUGGUAGGUAGACAGAGUUAAAGAUGUUGAAUAUCUUUGGACAAUUGCGAGUUCUAUCAAUAUGGGUCCACAUAUGUAUAUAGUAGGAAUCAGAUACAGCGAAUAGAAUAUAGUAAAUGACUGCA